AUGCGGGUGCGGAGACAAAAGGCCCCGCCCCCUGGGUUUACCCUUGCACUACCACCGCCUGAUACUUCAGACGAACUGCACGUACAGGCGGAGCCGAAGAAUGAACUUUUUAUUAAUGUGGACGACAAUAGUGUUUCACCGAUGGUCACUACAGAAGGACCUCUUUUUCCCGCGCGCUUUUUCCAUGUAAACAACACGAAUCUCUUCGUCCUGAUGGAUGGUGUGUCCAUGUUUACUGAGGGAAAGGCAGCACACAAGGAGGAGGUACCAUCACAUCGUCUGGGGGAAAAAGUGGAGGGCACUUCAGCUGCUAAGAGCGUAAAGAAGGCACAUCAGACCAAUCCGACGACUGUUGUUGAUUCUGUGGAGGCGGCUAUUCGUGGCAUUGAGAAUGCUGGUAAUGAUUGUUUUUCAUCGCUCGCGUCGUCGACUGCGGUGUCUCCAACAGCCAAGCGCUCAUUUGAGAGCAUGAGCUCCCUAGGACCACAAGCUCCAUCCAGCUCUCCUGUGGCCUCAUCUAGUAGCAACGCAGCUGCUGUGGCUGCAACUGCACCUGUGGGUGGAGGAGGAGGAGGAGGAGGGGUGUAUUCAAGGACUGAGACAACGUUGAGUACAGUGGAGAGACACAAGACAGAUGUACCAAAGGAAUAUGCUGUGCUUUUCUCAAACAACAAUGACUCACUGACAAAGACUUUGAAUGCUAGAGCGGGAAGCGCUUCUACUGCUGUUAGAAUUCGUGGUUUUCUACCAAGCAGCGUUACUGCUGGACACAUUGUGGUUCCCGCAUCGGCCCCCCGAAAGGUUGCGGAGACCUAUGCGGCGCCUGUACCUGACGAGCCACCUACUUCUUCUGUUGUAUCAACAGUGACGGAGCCGAACCAACACAAUACUUCGGAGAAGAAUGGUGGACAUAAAUAUGCUUCUUGUGGCGCAAAACAAGUUGGUCGGGUGUUCUCCGCACAGGAUGUUGGCCGCACGAAUCGUUCCUUGGACUUGGACGCGGUGGUGACACUAUGCUUCAUUGGAAACGGUUCCCAAGGCACAGUUCACCGCGUCAUGCUUGAUGAAAAGUUGUAUGCCCUUAAGUGCAUAGAUCUCAAAGAAGUGACACAGGCUACCAACGCCGUUGAACGACAAGGAAGGAAACGGGGCCUUGUGAAGGAACUCAAUAUGAUUCGGCUACAACGUUUGCAGGAACGCCCUGAGCAUUUGAUGCAAAUGUUUAAUGCUGCCGCAACAAUUGACAAUGGGCGACAGCACCUCUAUAUACUGAUGGAGUUGAUGAGUUUCAGUGUGGAAGAUGCACAACGAAUGUUCUCACGUAUCCCUGCAAAUGAAAUGAUGAAGGUGACCCAGUCCAUAUUUCGCAAGCAUCUUGCAGGAUCGGCUCAGGUACAGAAGCAGACUGAAAAUCUAUUGAAACAGCAAUCUGCUUCCUGUAUGCAUCUGACAGGGAGGAGUUCGUACAACACACCGGAGGAGUGGGAGACCAACAUUGAUCGACAGGCUCCUGUCCCCGAGAUCAUAUUGUCGAUGCUAGCAGCUGAUGUGCUCAAGGGUCUUAAAGAGUUGCAUGAGGAUUACUCCAUUGUGCACUGUGAUCUGAAGCCGGCAAAUGUGCUCCUUGACUUUAAUAAGACGCGCUUCAAACUGGCAGACUUUGGAUGCGGGUGCCAAACAGACCCUAAAACUCAUCGAGUGCGCCAAACCGGCGUUGACUUGGGCUCAAAGGUGUACAAAGCGCCUGAGCGAUUGCGCAGUGAACUAUACGGCAAGGAGAUGGAGGAUGGAUUACCAGUUGUGGAAUUCACUCCUGCUGCAGAUGUGUGGUCCCUUGGUGUCAUGCUGCUGGAGCUCAGCAAUGGUGUGAACCCAUGCUACUCCUUCAAGUCUGAUUACUGGAACUACGUGAAUAACCUGAAGUUGUCACGUAUGGUGAAGCCACUUUCUUGGUCUGCCUCAUUUCAUGACUUCAUUGUACGUUGUCUUAUGAGAGAACCCUCGCAUCGCUGGUCUGUUAACAAACUACUGCAGCACCCAUUUAUCCUAAGAUAUAAUGGGGUUCCCCGAGAAAAACUCAAGACAUUUAUGGAACGCUUAAAGAGUGAAUCCGAAACGUUCCAGCGGCGGCGCCAACGUGAGCUUCUUGAGGAACAAGUUUUGCUGAGUACAGGAAUGAAAGCCCGUGACUCCUAUCAAAACCGGAGCAGGACCUGCUGGAAGGCAUUUACGGGCUUUCUUUCUGUGGCCCCACAGUUUCAGGAUACUGAAAAGUUCCCUUCUCUGAAUUAA